UCUGCCACCAUGGAUGUCACUGUGAGCCCCAAUGUUCCUGCUGGAACCCCCACACCUCCCCACCCAUCUGAUCGAAUCAAGAAUGCUGCAGACAUCUCUGUCAUUGUCAUCUAUUUCUUGGUGGUCUUGGCCGUGGGGAUAUGGGCUAUGCUGAAGACAAGUCGAGGAACAGUGGGAGGCUUUUUCCUGGCUGGCCGGGACAUGGCGUGGUGGCCAAUUGGUGCUUCUCUCUUUGCCAGUAACAUCGGCAGCAACAGUUUUGUGGGACUGGCUGGGACGGGUGCUGCCUCAGGAAUUGGUGUUACACUGAUAGAGACAAAUGGUUUGUUCUUGGUUCUGGUCCUAGGCUGGCUGUUUGUGCCCAUUUACAUCAAGGCUGGAGUGGUGACCAUGCCUGAGUAUCUGAUGAAAAGGUUUGGAGGAAAGAGGAUUCAGAUCUCCUUCUCCAUCCUUUCCCUGUUCUCCUGUGUGGCCAUGAAAAUCUCAGCAAACAUGUUUUCAGGAGCCAUAUUCAUCAAUCUGGCCCUUGGGCUGGACAUUUACCUGGCCAUCCUCAUCCUAUUGGUCAUCACAGCAUUCUUCACCAUGGCAGGUGGUCUGGCCUCUGUGAUUUAUACUGACACCCUGCAGACAGUCAUUAUGCUGGUUGGUUCUUUCAUUCUCACUGGCUAUGCUUUUGCAGAAAUAGGAGGGUACGAGGCCUUAACUGAGAAGUACAUGAAAGCCAUCCCAUCUGUCAUCACAGACGGAAAUGUAACUCUGAACCCAGAAUGCUACAUGCCCAAAGCAGACUCCUUCCACCUCUUCCAGGAUCCCAUCACUGGCGAACUCCCAUGGCCAGGAAUGCUCAUUGGAAUGAACCUCAUUUCUCUUUGGUACUGGUGUGCUGACCAGGUGAUUGUACAGCGCUGUCUCUCAGGGAAGAACCUGUCCCAUGUGAAGGGUGGCUGCAUCCUGUGUGGCUACCUGAAGGUACUGCCCUUCUUCCUCAUGGUGUUGCCUGGUAUGAUCAGCCGCGUUCUGUACCCAGAUGAGGUCACCUGUGUUGUGCCUUCUGAAUGUGAGAAACACUGUGGCAACAGUGUGGGCUGUACGAAUAUUGCCUAUCCAAAGCUGGUAUUGGAGCUCAUGCCAAAUGGACUUCGGGGACUGAUGUUAUCCACCAUGUUGGCAUCACUUAUGAGCUCCCUCACCUCCAUCUUCAAUAGUGCCAGCACACUAUUCACCAUUGACAUCUAUACCAAAAUCCGAAAGCAAGCAUCGGAGAGAGAGCUCUUGAUAGCAGGAAGGUUGUUCAUCAUUGUCCUGAUUGCCCUCAGCAUUGCUUGGGUCCCAAUAGUCCAGAUGGGUCAAAAUGGAGAACUUAUCCAGUAUGUAGGAUCCAUAUCAAGCUAUAUCGGGUCCCCCAUUGCGGCUGUCUUCCUGCUUGCUGUCUUCUACAAAAGAGUUAAUGAGAAGGGGGCUUUCUGGGGACUGAUAUUUGGACUUGUGGUUGGCCUGACUCGUAUGAUUGCUGAGUUUGCCUAUGGGACAGGCACCUGCAUGGAGCCCAGCAAGUGUCCCAAGAUCAUCUGUGGGUGGCAUUACUCCUAUUUUGCCAUCAUCCUCUUCACAUUGACUGUCUUGGUUAUACUUGGUGUCUCUCUAAUGACAAAACCUAUUCCUGAUGUACAUCUGCAUCGCCUUUGCUGGGCUCUUCGCAAUAGCCAAGAAGAACGCAUCGACCUGAAUCCUGAGCAAUAUGGACAGCAGGAAGCUGGAGAGCAGGUGGAAGAAGAUGACCCUGAGGACUCACCAGGGUGUUUCAAGAGGACCUGGAAUGCAUUCUGUGGCCUGGAGUCAAAGAAAGGCCCCAAACUGACCGAGGAAGAAGAAGCUGUCCUGAAGAAGAAGCUGACAGACACAUCAGAAAUUCCUUUCUGGAGAAACAUUGUGAAUGUCAAUGCCAUCCUGGUCAUGGCUGUGGGCAUCUUCUUCUAUGGUUAUUUUGCCUGA